AUGGAACUGAAAAACCAAACAGCAGUUUUAGAAUUCCAUCUGCUUGGACUGACAGACAAUCACAAGCUUCUGCCUCUCAUCUUCACCAUGUUCCUCUCCAUGUAUCUCACCACGGUUCUGGGAAACCUGCUUAUCAUCAUGGCCAUCAGCUCAGGCUCCCAACUGCACACUCCCAUGUAUUUCUUCCUCUCUAUUCUAUCCAUUAAUGACAUAUGUUACAGCACAGUCACAAUUCCCAAAAUGCUGGUGAACAUCCAAGCACUGGACAACAGCAUAAGUUACAUAGAAUGUCUCUCCCAAACCUGCUUUGUUUCAAUUUUUAGUGACAUGGAAAAUUUUCUCCUGGCAGUGAUGGCCUAUGACCGCUAUGUGGCCAUUUGCAAACCCCUGAGGUACACGAUCAUCAUGACUCCUAUUUUCUGUGUCCUGAUUAUUCUAAUCUCCAUUUUCCUUAGCAUUGUAGAUUCCCUACUGCACAGUCUGAUGGUGUUGAGGCUUUCCUUCUGCACAGACCUAGAAAUCCCACACUUCUUCUGUGAACUGGCUCGGGUUAUCAAGCUUGCUUGUUCUAGUACAUUUCUUAAUAAUUUCUUGAUAUUUGUUGCAGCUUUUGUCCUUGGGGGUGGUCCUAUCUGUGGAAUUGCUUUUUCAUAUAUUUACAUUGUGUACUCAGUCUUGAGAAUGCCAUCUUCUGGAGGAAAGCACAAAGCCUUUUCUACUUGUGCAUCACAUCUGUUGGUUGUUUCCUUGUUCUAUGGAACAGGUUUUGGAGUGUACAUCAGUUCUACAGUGACAGAUUCUCUCAGUAAUACAGCAGUGGCUUCCAUAAUGUAUACUGUGGUUCCUCCAUUGCUCAACCCCUUUAUCUAUAGUCUCAGAAAUAGAGAAAUGAAAGAAUCCUUGAGGAAACUUGUUGGCAGAGUAAUUUAUUUUGUGUGA